CUUUGCUCUCUCGGCCCCGCGAGCUCCUCCGCCCUGGCUGCUGAAGGCCCCUUCCCGCCAUCUAAUGAUACACUGCACACGCUUCUGUUGAAAAUUUGUGGCUAGACAUUCCUGUGGGACCGGGAAUCCAAAUUCUUGGUAGCUAGGAAAAAAUAAAACAACAGCCAACCAAGUCAAUCCCAACCCAACCCCCUGAAGGGCUGAAUUCUCGCCUUCUCAGAGCGGGGCAUGGCAUCGAACAGCAUCUUCGAUUCCUUCCCGACCUACUCGCCGACCUUCAUCCGUGACCCGAGCACCAGCCGCCGCUUCACACCUCCCUCCACGGCCUUCCCCUGCGGCGGCGGCGCCAAGAUGGGCGAGAACAGCGGCGCGCUGAGCGCGCAGGCGGCCGUGGGGCCCGGCGGGCGCGCCCGGCCCGAGGUGCGCUCAAUGGUGGACGUGCUGGCGGACCACGCGGGCGAGCUCGUGCGCACCGACAGCCCCAACUUCCUCUGCUCCGUGCUGCCCUCGCACUGGCGCUGCAACAAGACGCUGCCCGUCGCCUUCAAGGUGGUGGCGAUGGGGGACGUGCCGGACGGAACGGUGGUGACUGUGAUGGCCGGCAAUGACGAGAACUACUCCGCCGAGCUGCGCAACGCCUCGGCCGUCAUGAAGAACCAGGUGGCCAGGUUCAACGACCUUCGCUUUGUGGGCCGCAGCGGGCGAGGUAAGAGUUUCACACUGACUAUCACCGUGUUCACCAACCCUACCCAAGUGGCCACCUACCACCGAGCCAUCAAGGUGACCGUGGAUGGACCCCGGGAGCCCAGACGGCACCGGCAGAAGCUGGAGGACCAGAAGGCAUUUCCUGACCGCUUCGGGGAGCUGGAACGGCUGCGCAUGCGGGUGACACCCAGCACACCCAGCCCCCGAGGCUCGCUCAGCACCACAAGCCACUUCAGCAGCCAGGCCCAGACCCCCAUCCAAGGCACCUCGGACCUGAACCCUUUCUCCGACCCCCGCCAGUUUGACCGCUCCUUCCCGGCACUGCCAACCCUCACAGAGAGCCGCUUCCCAGACCCCAGGAUGCAUUACCCGGGUGCCAUGUCGGCCGCCUUCCCCUACAGCGCCACGCCCUCGGGCACGAGCAUCAGCAGCCUCAGCAUGCCGGCCACCAGCCGCUUCCACCACACCUACCUCCCGCCCCCCUACCCCGGGGCCCCGCAGAACCAGAGCGGGCCCUUCCAGGCCAACCCGUCCCCCUACCACCUCUACUACGGCGCGUCCUCCGGCUCCUAUCAGUUCUCCAUGGUGGCGGGCAGCAGCAGCGGGGGCGACCGCUCCCCCACCCGCAUGCUGGCCUCCUGCACCAGCAGCGCCGCCUCCGUGGCCGCCGGCAACCUCAUGAACCCCAGCCUGGGUGGCCAGAGCGACGGCGUGGAGGCUGACGGCAGCCACAGCAACUCGCCUACCGCGCUGAGCACGCCGGGCCGCAUGGACGAGGCCGUGUGGCGGCCCUACUGACUGCCGGGUGGAAGCGGAUGGCCCCCGGCGGCGGCAGGGACCCCAAGGACUUUCCCAACAAGUGGCUGGCCCUGCUCUGAGGCUCAGGGCAGGAAUGGGACUUAGGCUUCGGGCGACCAUGGGCCCAGGGCAGGGGUACCCUGAGCUGUGGGCGGCUCUGAAGCAUCCAGCGCCCCGGCCAUGUCUUUUUACAGAGGGGCCAGGACCUCCCCCAGGACACCAGGCCCAGCCACAUCCUAGUCAUCUCAUCCCACGUUCCUGAGGAAUGUUCCUCUUCCUCUCCCCUCCCCUGGAAUGACCUGAUUGGUCAUCUCUGCUCCAGGGAGAGCGGCCAGGGGCCCUGGGGAGACUCUCUCACCCUCCACCUUCCUCAGAGACCCUGCACCCCCUGGACCCAACCCUCCCUCUGCAUUUACACAAAUUGAGUCAGAACUGGAAGGUCCCCGCCCUCAAGAGGGGUUCCCUUCAUUCAUUUUGACGAUGGGAUGGGCCCAUCCAGAGGACCCAGGGAGUCAGUGGCAGAGAUGGGGUGAAAACACAACCCUCCCCCCCUCUGCCAGUAUUCCCAGAUCUGCUUCCCCCCAAAUCCUGACAGCUCAGAAGCCCGUCCCGUCCCAGUGGUCGUGGGCCCCAGGCCUCAGAGUAGAGCAGCCUGCGGCAUCAGGCACCUCCAAGCAGGGGGGAGGCCUGCAGGUGGGUUCUCCAUGCACUUUACCAGCCCAAGGCAUUCACCCUCUGAUCUCUUAGUGGGGGACUGGGGAUCCCCCUUCUCCGAGGCUGGUCUCACACUCGCCAUUGUUGGAGAGCAUGGGACCAGCUAGGUCCCAGCAGCAGCAGGAGUGCCAGUGCUCCCGUCUCACGCCAGUCUGUGCUCCAGCGCAGCCUUGACAGAAUUCAGUUUUAAAGCUGAUCUGAGGAAAAGAAGCUUCAGUCAAACAUGUUCAAACACAUGACCUCUGACAGGUAAAGCCCUUUGUCAUGAACAAGACCCUUCCCCUAUCCGGCAAGGCUCUCGGUGCCGCCUCUAGGGCUGCGUCCCUUCAGCAGCGUCCAGCCAACUUCCAGCACCGGCUGACCCUGCUGGGCACCACAGGCAGUGCCAGCACAUCACACAUGUGGCAGGGCUGGUGCCCCAGGAGAGGCAGGUGUGGGUGGUGGAGUGACGAGGCCUCAGUGGUCAGUUCUGCCCGCCCCCCUCCCGCCCCAGGCUCUGAGGUGCAGGGUGCCCCUUGCAGGGGGUGCCCUUUGCAGGGGGAAAAGCAGGCCUUGUCGAGGGUUCAGGCUGCAUGAAUUCUCUGGUCUGAGUUCUUUAGUUCCAGAAAGGCUUACGUGGAAAAGGACAAGAAAGCUCUCAUGAGAGCUAGACAGCACGUCGUUUUCAGAAUUGUUUCAGAUGGGUCCUCUGUGGAUGUGGAAGCUGCCCCCCCCCAAGGUCCCAGUGGUUGCCCCUGUAAUUGCACCUGCCCUGCUGCACCCCCUCCCCAACCUGGAACAAGGGCGAAGUGCACACCUUUGUGCACUCUGGCAGGCUAGGAAGUCAUUCUGAUGGUCUUACUCGAACCCCUCUUGCUGCAGUUUCUCUUGUCUGGCCCUCACUGGAAAAAGCAGUCUCCAUCUCUUCCAUAUAGCUGCCGGGGGUGUCCUGCUGGCUCCCUUCACCCAGGAAGCUCUCCACCCCUUCUCAGGAAGCGGCUACUACCCAUUGCCCCGCUGCCUUCUUUGCUCCCCUUCUCUGUGGUUGCAAACUGGCCCCAGGCCCGCAUGGGGCCACCCUUGGGUUCCCAGUGCCCAGCACUUUGUAGCCCCACCCCAGAUUACUACCCCUUCCUGACAUCCAGGCCCUGGUGGGGCCAGGGGCAGGAAUAAGCCACCCUCCCUCCUUCCACCCCUGACUAAAAGUGAUAGCAGCCUGCUC